GGGGGCCGUGCCGCCAGGCUGAGGCGCGCCCCGGGCUCUGCCCGCCGCAGGUCUCGUCACCAGCAGCCAGUCCGCGGCCUACGCCAUCAGCAAGUUCGUCAGCGGGGUCCUCUCCGACCGGCUCAGCGCCCGCUGGCUCUUCUCCGCCGGCCUCCUGAUGGUGGGCCUGGUCAACGUGGUCUUCUCCUGGAGCUCCACCGUCGCCGCCUUUGCCGGGCUCUGGUUCCUCAACGGCCUGGCCCAGGGGCUGGGCUGGCCACCCUGCGGGAAGAUCCUGCGAAAGUGGUUUGAGCCCUCCCAGUUUGGGACUUGGUGGGCAAUCCUGUCUACCAGCAUGAACUUGGCAGGAGGCCUAGGCCCUAUUGUCGCUGCUCUCGUGUCUCUGAACUACGACUGGCGCAUGACUUUGUCCUUCUCUGGCUUCAUCUGUGUGGUUGUCUCUGUUGCCUGCCUCGUCCUGAUUAAGAACGAGCCAUCAGAUGUUGGGCUACCCAACAUCGAUCAAGGACCCAAGAAAGGGAAGAGAGGUUCCUCCAGUGACAACAGUACUUUGAGAGAGCUGCUGCUCUCACCAUACCUCUGGGUGCUCUCCACAGGCUACCUGGUCGUUUUUGGAGUGAAAACAUGCUGUACCGACUGGGGACAGCUCUUCCUGAUCCAGGAGAGGGGACAAUCCGUGCUUGUGGGUAGCUCCUACAUGAGUGCAUUGGAGAUCGGGGGUCUGGUGGGAAGCAUUGCUGCUGGAUACCUUUCUGACAGAGCCGUAGCCAGGGUUGGCCUCUCGAGUUACGGGAACCCUCGGCACGCGCUGCUGCUGUCCAUGAUGGCUGGGAUGUCAGUGUCCAUGUUCCUCUUCCGUGUCACAGUCACCAGCAAUUCCCCCAAGGAAAAUCACUUCUGGACUGUAGCCUUGCAACCUCUAGCUGAUCUCACAGGCCUAACAGAACAUGAGCUGUGGAUCCUGACUCUGGGAGGUGUGUUUGGGUUCUCCUCGUACGGGCCGAUCGCCCUGUUUGGGGUUAUAGCCAACGAAAGUGCCCCUGCCAACCUGUGUGGCACCUCCCACGCCAUCGUGGCCCUCAUGGCCAACAUUGGGGGUUUUCUGGCCGGACUGCCCUUCAGUACCAUCGCCAAACACUACAGCUGGGCCACAGCCUUCUGGGUAGCCGAGAUCACCUGCACCAGUAGCACGGUGGCUUUCUUCUUCCUGCGGAACAUCCGCACCAAGAUGGGACGGGUUCCCAGGAAGGCUGACUGAGGACGAGCUGCUCGGUGAAGAGGACGCUCCUGUGCCAACGUGAAUGACGCUUGGUUUUCGUUUAACUGGCCUAGGAAUGAGGUUUACCUAUUGCUGCAACCUAGAUAAAAACGUCUCGAUUUCUCACCCACUGCCGGGUGCCUGAGGGCACGAGGUUCCUGCUACCGACCCCUUUUCCCCUCAAGAUGUGAUUAAUUCAGCUCGUUUACAU